AUGGCCGCAACCUUGGAUGCCAAGACCGCCGGACUGAUGCAGUACAUGAAGUACCCUCCAUCCGCUCUGCCGGCCAGCGCCUCUACCUUUGACUGCCUGGGGCUCGAUGCUGGUGCCUUUCAGGCAAGCAGCAAGAAGCUGGCAGAGCGGCGCCUGCAGCCGAAG